GGAGGAGGACAAACAGCAUCCUUCAUCAGACAGAGAGGAGAGAGAUACAGACGAGAGGAGGAGGAGGGGAAGGAGGAGAAGAAGAAGAAGAAGAGAGAGAAAUAAAACAAAGAAGAAGAAUUAGACUGAUGUCUGACUUUAACAUCUGUCCUCUGAGAUCAGCUGACUGGAGGGCGGAGCCAUGAUGGGCAAGGACUACAUGUUGGCCAUCAUCAUCGUCAACUAUGACGAUAAUAUCUGGACGGACCAGAACCUGCUGCUGGACCCGGACCUUCCGUCCGGCUGGAGGACGAUCAGAGACUCCACGGGGACGUAUUACUGGCACGUCCCCACCGGCGCCACCCAGUGGCAGCACCCCCGCCUCACGGGGACGCCCCCCGACGUCCCCCUGAGCCAGGCCGGGCCGGGACGCUCAGCCUCUUCUUCUUCUGUGGUGUCUCAGCAGGAGGAGGACAGACCACCUGGGGACAGGACGUCCUGGAUGGAGGACAACCUCAGACACCAUGAGCCAGACGCCAAGUGUUUUGCAGUGCGGUCUCUGGGCUGGCUGCAGGUGGAGGAGGAGGACAUGUCCCCCGGUCGUAGCAGUCUCGCUGUCAGUAACGUCAUCCAGCAGCUGUCUCACCCCGAGCAGAGGGACAGGCUGGAGGCCUCUGGGGAGGGUCAGGAGAUGAUGCUGGUCCUGAAGAAGGACACCUUGACUCUGCUGGACCCCUUAGACCACACCCCCCUCCACUGUCAGCCAAUCGUCAACAUCCGUGUCUGGGGGGUGGGCUGCAACAAUGGAAGGGACAGGGACUUUGCCUUCGUAGCUGGGGACAAGGACAGCUGCGUCCUCAAGUGUCACGUGUUUCGUUGCAAUGCUCCGGCCAAAGCCAUCGCCACGGCGCUGCACGAGAUGUGCUCCAAGAUGAUGUCUGAAAAGGCGCUGAUGAGGCCGUCCCGUUCUCUGACCAUGGAGAGCAUCUCACCUGAAGACCUGCCCAGACAAGUGGACUUCCUGGAGGCCGUGAGGCAGCAGGUCCACAAGUUCGAGGUCCAGUACAUCGGAAGCCUCCCGGUGUCCAGAGCCAUGGGGAUGGAGGUGCUGAACAGAGCCAUUGAAAGCAUCAUGAACUCCAGAGACAGAGACGAGUGGGAGGAGGCGGUGAUUCACGUCACUGAUACGGUCCUGUCUCUGUGGAAAGGAGCGGAGGGGGAGGAGCCCUGCUGGGAGUGCCAGGUUCGCUUCCUCACCUUUCUGGGCGUCGGCCAUGACAGUCACACCUUCGCCGUCAUCGUGGACGGAGGAACGCAGCAGUUCCAGUGUCACGUCUUCUGGUGUGAACCUCACGCUGGGAUCCUGUCUGAGGCCGUCCAGGCCGCCUGUAUGGUCCAGUACCAGAAGUGUCUCGUGGCUCAGACUCCUCCUCCGAGGUCCAAAUCGUGGCGAGCGACCCCGUCGAAGGUCAAACGGGCCAACUCCAUGGACGCCGCCGCCUUCCCGCCCCUCACGUCACGUCACCAUGGCAGCGGUGGCGGCGUCGUGAUGGCGCCGAGGAUGGUGAAGGGGAGCGGCAGCGGCGUGAGGAAGGGCAUGAUGGCGUUCUUUGAAACGUUCCGCAGCAAACAGGCCGCCACCUCCUAGUGCUGGGGGCGGGGCCUCCAGAGGUCCAACACUUCCAUAGGUCCUGACCAGUCAGCUGAUGGACGGGGGCGGACUCCUCAGUGACCAGUAGUACGAUUAAAGACCAAGAAGAAGAAGAAAUGGCAGCGCCACGCAGUCUCCUGCUUCAGUCAAGAUGGCCGACUCUCCAGCCGCCGCCUUAUUGGCCGAAGCACAUGUAAAUAGGAGCUGUGCUGCGUUCAUGUCAGUAGGAAAUAAGAGCUCAGCUGCUCAGUUUGUUUAUCUGCAAUAAAUCCUUUGGUACCGAACCAGUCAGUGAUGUCAUGUACAAACAAACAAUAAACAACAAACAAACGACGACAAACGACAACAAACAAAUAACAAACGAC